CGCAUUUUUCUGUCAUUAAAGGAAACAACGCCAGAUCCAUUAAUUGAAGGCCUUGGAAGCUGUUUGGUGAUCAUGAUUCCUUAGAUACUCUUCUAAAUUUGUAUAGUAUCCAUGUUGGACACUUGACGUUUGGAUAAGGGUAUAAGAUAUGUAUUUGACAUGCUUAGUUGGAGAUUCACCCAAGAAGUAUGUAUAAAUAGGUUUAUACGGCAUCCAUGUUUGAGAAUGAAUAAAAGCUACUUGCCCGAUCAGGAAACAGAGUGCAAUAGGUAAAAUCUCAUAAUCCUACCAAACUUGGCUUGACUUUCUAUCAUUGUUACAUAGUAAAAACUUCAGUGUCUUUAUCCUUGAUCAUGAUCUACAUUUUCUUCAUAUGUUCAUUCGUUUAACUAGUUUGAAAGUGUUAUUGAAUCUCAAACUGAUGAGUUAUGUUACACAGACUCUUCUGAAUGUAUGAAGUAUCAUGUCAGACAUUCAAUACUUGGUUAAGAUUGUGGAAUGUGUCCUACAAUCAUUUGGAAAACAUGUUUAGCAAUUUGAGUUUAACAUAUAAGUUAUAACUCUCUAUAAAACUUUAUACCAUGCAUUAGAUGCUAUAUGAAACUUUGUAUACACUAUUUUACCCAAGAAAAUUAAAGAAGUAAAUUAAGAAAUAUAAAUAUUUUGUUGUCUCCCUAUGUCUUGGACAUGAGAACUAGGUAAAUCCGACAGACAUACUCACACACCUGAUACCUAUACCUGAGUCUAUGAAACAUAGCUGACGAGGAUUAUAUACGUUCAAUAUUCUUUAAAUAAAAUUCAAUGCAUCAAUAUAUUUUUUUGGGUGGGUACAAUGCAUCAAUAUAUCAACCAAAUGUAGUUUCCAAGUAUAUAAUUCAAGUCUCUUGUGUUUCAUGGUUCUAACUUUUACAAAAAUUUCUUAGUUAAAGUGGAUCCAGAAAAGAAUCGAUUUGAUUGGCUAUCUACUGCUUCUUGGUUUGUGUAUAUGUCUUCAUUUUCCCAAUUGGCCGUGUUGGAUGGUGAUCUAUGUUGCUACCUUGAGAUGGAGCCUUGAUCUUGACAGACAUCUCAG